AUGAAGGUCGCCAGGGUCCUCGUCCCAUCGGAUGGCGCCGCGCCUGGCGGAGUGGCUGGCGCUGCGGGGCAGCAGAGGAAGGGCGCGCGCAUUCUGGCGGCUGAGACCUUCGCUCACCAUGAGCCUCUGCCCGGCUACCUCGACCACAUCCCCCGCCGCCAGGCCCUCGCCACCUGUACGCAACGCUGCUCCCCACUCUCCCUCUCUUACCUUCCUUGGUUCCUUCGCUCUGCUGUUUCUUCUUCUCACAACCUGUCUCUGCUCUCCUUCAUGUGGGCGCACAACAGUGACGAUCCGCUCGCAGUACCUGCGGCCGUACGACCUGCACAACGCAACCUCACUCCUGCCCCCUCUCUCCCCUUUUCUCCCUCCCCUCCUUCCCCUGUCCUCCUCACAGCGUGUGGGCGCACGACGGUGACGAUCCGCUCGCAGUACCUGGGGCCGUACGACCUGCACAACGACAUCUACAACAUGACCUUCUACAACGGCUGCGCCUACAACGUCACCAGCCCGCUGCGCGUGUGGCAGUGCUUCAACUUCGGCAACGCGUGGGAGGGCAUCCUCGACAACCCCGAUCCCAACCCCUCGCAGUACCAGCAAGGCGAAAUCUUUGUGCAGACGACGCCGGGGUACUGUGAGAUGCGCAUGAACCGUGGUGCGAGCGGCACUCUGCAGAUGCUCCCUGGGGAGACGGUCAACAUUGUGUAUGCGUACUUGUGGGACUUCCGGCCCUGCGUGCAGGAGCUGCGCUUCGGCAACGGCAACAGCUACUCCAUGACCAACACCACCGAGUGCCAGCUCGCCCAAACCAUCUAG